CACUCAUCUUCUUCCCCUCGCCCCUAUCUAUCGCCCCUCCCCUGGCCCCUCCCCUCUCCCAUGUCGCUACCAAUCACUAGCGUCUCCCGAGCCCACCAGGACCCGACCCAGAUCUUGCCGUUGGCAGCUCAACUCCCGUGUAGGUGAGCCGGCUACUCCCCUCCCACCCCCACCACCAGAGAGGACACGGCGCCUCUUCUUCAAAAGGCCUCCCUUUUCUUUUCUCGGCGUUCCUGGGGGGUUUUGGUCCGCCGAGGAGGGGUUUGGUGCGCCCGGCAGCGGAGAGUCUUGGCGAGAAGUGCCUAGUUUCCGCUAGGCUGGUUGGUGGGGGGGCGGGUGCCCGGUGCCGCGGCUUCAGCCAUGGAGGCAGUCGCAAUGUCGCCGUCCUCCGUCUCGUCCCACAACCUCGACGCCGCCUCCACCAGCAACGACAUGCCGUCCUCGCAAGAGGGCCUCCUCUUCUCGGACAGCCUCAAGGACUUGAGGAAUCUGCGGUCGCAGCUAUACUCAGCGGCAGAAUAUUUUGAAGUAUUCUACACAAACAACUCGCACAGAUCUACGGUGGUAACGAGUUUAAAAGACUACGCAGUUGAGGCACUCGUUAGUACUGUUGACCAUCUGGGUUUUGUGUCGUACAAGGUGGAUAAUCUCGUCAAUGAAAAGGCUGACGAGGUUAAUGAAACAGAAUUUCGAGUAUCGUCGGUUGAACAGAGGGUAAAGAUUUGCCAGCAGGCAAUUGACCAGGAGGGAAGAUCUCAACAGUCUCUUCUUAUCAGGGCGCCGCAGUACCACAGGCGUUACAUAUUACCAGGCGCAGAUAUAGUGGAAUCUGCUAUCCAUCCGGUUUCAGAGCCCACACGGUACAGCAGGCAACAUACGGGUCGCAAAAUGCGCAAGUCUCAGUCUGCCAUGUCCACUCCAGUUAGUAGGCAGACAACGAUGAGGAGUGUCCGUUCACAAUCUCCUACAGUUCGUGAAACACAUCAUCGAUCACGAUCCAUGUCUCCGUCUCGAAAAGCACGAGCUAAAUCACCAUCACCCCAAGUCGUGAACUUGAAUCCAAAAGAAACAAGAGCAGGUUCGCCAAUACCAACCGCUCCCAAUCCCCUGGCGCGAUCUGCUACAGUUGCAAGAAGACCACCUCUGGAUCCAAAGCAUUUUAGACAAACCUCGAUGCAGGUGCAGUCCGACUAUGAAAACCAGAAAGAGCGGGAGAAAAGAUCGAGCAAAGGCAGGGGCUUCCUCAAGUCCCUGCUCACAAGACGCCGGUGGAGGAAUGAUGAGUCGCUCUACAAUUACUUGGACGAGUACUGAUCGCUGAAAUGUCUUGGAUCUUGUUCCUUGUUGACCAAAUCUCGUUCCUUCAUACGAGUACAUAUGAUGUUCGAGAUCUCAGACCAAAUCGCAUUCCUUCAUACAUAUAGCUUGUGUGUCAUUCCCAUGUGUUUAUAGAUGCAAUGCAGACAGAAACACCACCAGUGGUGCUCAUGGCGUUGCGCAAGCACAUGACACAUGAGCAAACCAAAUACAGUGCUCAGAUGAGCAACUUCAGUACAAUGCCAUCACAUACAUCCAUUUCCCGUU